AUGAAACUCACAGUGAAGUGCUCCAUGGGUGGGGAGACCAGCACCGCGAAGGAGCUCGUGAUACACAACCCCGCAGCAACGCUUAGUAACCUGCGCGCUGCCAUCGCUAUUAACUUCCGCCUACCAGUUCACGGUUUUCGCAUGAUUCACGACACCGCGGAGCUUAGCUGCGAGAAGGUGCUACUUUGUGACAGUGGGAUUCGCGACGGUGACAUCAUCGUCGUGGACGGCAAACGCGAGCGAGAAGGGGAGGUGACGGAUAACAAACUUGACCCGAAACGGGACGCGGAAGUGCCUCUUAGUCAGCAGCAGCCUUCUGAGCCCAGUCAAGCGGACAUCGCCCCCACGCCUGUAGUGACGAUGACCGUGGCGCCAGCUUCUGCCAAGCCGACUGCCGUCGAGGGAGGUGGUGAGAGAGUUUGGGCGCCAGAUGUUCUUGAUGAGGGUGAGAGAGCAGCAGUCGAUGAUGAGGAGGAAGAGGAAGAAGAAGAGGAAGACGGUCCCGCGGAGUUGCUGAGCCACCUCCUUGGAACUGUUCCAAAUCUAGUGGAAAUGCGACGACAGUUUCUGACAAAUCCAGCAGAAAUUAUGCAGCAAAUUCGGGAGAGUGAUCCGCGCCUCUUGGAGCUUAUUACAGGCAACUAUCAGGAGUUUCUUGACCUUGUGAACAAUGAGGAGCUUGUGGCUACCCUGCAGCAGGAGCAGGAUGAGGCGCAUGCGGCACUGUUUGACGAGGAGGAGGAGGAGCUCGAUGAGGAGACGGAAGAGGUUGUUGACUCCCUUUUAGCGCAGCUUAUGGCAGGAGGGGACCUGUCAGAGGAGGUGGGAAACGGGGCGUUGGCGACGCAGAACUACUUGGAGAGGCCACUGACCGAGGAGGACGAAGCGAAAAUUGAGCAGUUGAUGCAGCUGGGCUUUACAAGGGAUCAAUGCAAAGUGGCCUUUUUCAAAGCUAAGCGAAGUCUGGAACGUGCGGCAAACCUUCUGUUUGAGGACCCUCCACAGUUGUAG